AUGCCAAUAUUGACACCACCCUUCCCUAUAUUGAUACCAACACCGACACCCGCCCCUCCUCCGGCACUCACACCGCCGCCUUUACUGGUCCCUCCGCCGCCGCCAAUUCCCCCACCAAUGCCGAUGUUUAUGCCUGAACCGUUACGACUCACGCCAAUGCCGAAGCCCUUGCCGCCGCCGCCGCCGCCCUUUAACGAGAAAGCUUUGCUUUCGUUUAGAGCGGAGCUGUGA